CGAAACGUCACUUCCGGUAACAACAUAGGCAGCGACAGUGGUGGCGGCGGUAGCAGCUGCAAGUAACAGCAGCAAACUAGCGUCAAUGUUCAGGGACAUGUGGAAGAGGUGACGACUCAUCGUCAAUAUUCAGAGGUGUGUGGAAGAGGUGACGACUCAUGUUUUUGCGUAGGAACCCGGAAGCCCGUUGGAAAGCGUGUUUCUUCCACCGGCUGCACGAGGCUGCUUGAUACCGUCCUACCCCGCUUAUAAGGCUCGCGCACCCGAUUUGAACUCGACUCGUCGCGGCGGCGGUUGGGACUGGAGCUCGCACAGGCUUGCAGAUGGGUCAGGGGCUGUGGAGAGUGGCCAGGAACCAGCAGCUGCAACACCAGGUUUAUACAGAACAAAGCUAUCUUUCCAGAGAGCAUGGUAGAAGGAUAACUGCUAAUAAUGUUUCAAACACAAACCAUCGGAAACAUGCCCAAGGAGGCAUUGACAUUUACCAUCUCUUGAAAACUCGAAAAUCAAAAGAACAAGAAGGGUUCAUCAACCUAGAAAUGUUGCCCCCUGAACUUAGCUUUACCAUUUUGUCAUACCUGAAUGCAACAGACCUCUGCCUGGCUUCAUGUGUUUGGCAGGAUCUUGCUAAUGAUGAGCUACUUUGGCAAGGAUUGUGCAAGUCCACUUGGGGUCACUGUUCCAUAUACAAUAAGAAUCCACCUCUUGGAUUUUCUUUUAGAAAACUGUAUAUGCAGUUGGAUGAAGGCAGCCUCACUUUUAAUGCCAAUCCAGAAGAGGGAGUCAACUACUUCAUGUCCAAGGGAAUACUGGAUGAUUCACCAAAGGAAAUAGCUAAGUUUAUCUUCUGUACAAGAACACUAAAUUGGAAGAAACUGAGAAUCUAUCUUGAUGAAAGGCGAGAUGUUUUAGAUGACCUUGUGACGCUACACAACUUCAGAAAUCAGUUUUUACCAAAUGCACUAAGAGAGUUUUUCAAACACAUUCAUGCCCCUGAGGAGCGUGGUGAAUAUCUUGAGACUCUUAUUACAAAAUUCUCACACAGAUUUUGUGCUUGUAACCCUGAUUUGAUGAGAGAGCUUGGCCUUAGCCCAGAUGCUGUCUAUGUUCUAUGCUACUCUUUGAUCCUGCUUUCCAUUGAUCUUACUAGUCCUCAUGUGAAGAAUAAAAUGUCAAAGAGAGAAUUUAUCCGAAACACGCGCCGUGCUGCUCAGAACAUUAGUGAAGAUUUUGUUGGGCACCUUUAUGACAAUAUCUACCUUAUAGGCCACGUGGCUGCCUAAAAAGCACAGUUUGCUUGGACUUAAAAUUUAUAGUUUAAAAGAAAUUAGUUAUCCAAGGAGGUUUUUUUGUGUAGUAGAUAUGGGGGUUAUAUUAGUGCUGGUCAUUCUAACCUCUGUCUGCAAUCAAAAAUGUACGCAAGCAACUUUUUUAGCAAUUUACCAUGGGAACCGAAGAAUUUUUGCAAUUUGUUUUUUUAAAUUUUGCUUACGGUUUGCACAAAAAUUACCAUUAGUCUGACACGUUACAAUUUUUGAAUGUUAAACUGACAUUAUGUUUUUAAACUGACAAGAUGGUGGACUUGUGCAGUUGAUUUGCUUGAACACUUUAACCAGUUUAUUUGUUUUUUAAAUACCAUGUAAUGUGUACAUAUUUAAAGAGAUUUAUAACCAUAAUUAUUUUAUUGUAAGAUAUUUUAACUAAAAGUUUUUUCCUGUUUCUGUCUAGACUAGACAAUGUCUUGUAUUUAUUUCAUUACUUUGUGAGGCUGCUCUGAUUCACUUUGUUGUUGCCUUUUAUAAGACAAUUUGGUGUGUACAUUCUUCAAAAGCUAAUUUCCAGGCACAACCCAUCUUAGAUUGUAAACUACCAUUUACAGCCACCAGCAUUAAUAUGACUGGAUAUCUGGUUGUCUUUGUGCCUCAGUGCUUAGUGCCUUAAAACAUGAAACACUUUUUCCAGCCAGGACUCAACAGGGUUGGGUGCCUUCAUAGUUGUUGCUGCUGCCCAGAAAUUAAAAAAACAACUAUAUCACUGAAAUUAAUGGAGAUUAUGCAAGAACAGACUGCACAGUUUCAUAAAGCUCAUCCAUUUCACUUGGGCUUAGACAGAAGACAUUAUUGGUUGGUUUUACCUAGAACUAGUGGCUGGGAUCCAAAGAGUCCUUUGCAUGAGCAGACAGUGCUUCCAUUUUCAGAAGGUCUCCCUCCUCCAGUUUCCACCAAUUUCUUUGGCUGAACUCCAGCCCAGCUAUUCAGAAAUGUUCCCGACUCUCAGGAAUGACUUGGGAGGGAGAAAGCCCUAUUGUAAUUGUGGAAUUCCACUUGUGCAGUGCUACGUUAAAUCUCCCUUGAAUAUCCCAUGUGUACAUUUUAGCUGGAAAUCUCUCCUUUCUUAGUUAUUUUCCGCUCCUGUUGCUAUAGUGCCUGUGAAUGGGUAGUGAGAGCUACUUGAACGAUAUAGUUCGCCAUAGCAGCACAAGAAAUAACUUGAGCUAGCACAGGCAGAACACAGUCAUCUGACUCACAAAUGGGAAAAUUCUUGUUUCUCUGUCGAUCAUAGUUGGUGUCCAUUUGUCCACAUUAAUUCACACACAAGGGCUAUAGAAGCUUAUGGAAAUAUGCAGUAUGGAAGCUCAGGAUCCCAGCUAGGAUAAUGAAAUGCCAGGGAGGAUCUUUAAUAGCAGUGGAAGAUGGAAUUUAAGCAGUUCAAUCCCUUUGAUUCCUCCAUUGUUAGCUGAACCUGCUGUUAUUUGCUCUUCACAGAUAGAAAAGAUACAGGAGCCUUUCUUCUGUUGUACGUGGUCAACCCCAGUAUGUGGAACUAGGCUACUUUCUUUUUGGGGUGGGUGGAGAGAUACGGUUUUCUAUAAAAAGCUUGUAGGAAUAGCAGUUAAUCUCUGCCCCAUUGCUUAAUACAGGCAUAAGUAAAGCAAGUCACAAUUUUGAAUAUAAUACAUACUGUAAUGUAGAUAGACCUCAGUGAUGGGAAAAGUUUGAGUCCCAAUAUAAAAACUUAUCAAAGGCCUUAAAAUUUCUGUAGAAAACCAUGACAACCAAAAGUAAAGAGAUGUGUUCAACUUAUGGAUUUCAGUUCCAUAUUUUGUAGAUGUUAAGUACAUCACUUUCAUUCUAGUUUAUUUUACAUACAUAAAAAAUCAUGUAAAGAUUCUUUGUUUUCAGGGCUAGGCUGUCUUUUGCAAAGUAAGUUAAACCCAUCCUGUAGUUGGGUAAAGAUACAUUUAACAUAUCUAAACAUACAAGCUAGGACAUUUCUCAUUGCUUCAAGUAAAGAACAAAUUUGAAGAAAAAUCUGCUGAUGGAAAGGCCCUCAACUGAAAAUGGUUGAGAGCCUUUAAAAAAACAAAAACAAUUUGAAGUAACAUGUUGACAGUGCUUGAUAACACUAUUUAAUUCGUUAUAAUCUGUUUUUCCCAAUUGCUAGUAUUCAUGAUUUGUAUUUAUCUUGUGAACUUCGUUCAUUUUUUGUUGGUGCCUUGACAAGUCUGAAAUCAUUUCAGCCAAUAUAAGUGAAUAGUUACACCAAUUAGAAGAAACUCAAAAUUACACUACAGAUUUUGGGGUGUAUUUUUUUAAGCAUGUUUCCCAGUGAAUUGAAAAUGAAGACUUGGAAUGCAGAUUGGUGAAUUUGUGUUUCCCUAUGCUUUUAUGGUUGUUAUAAAUAAAUAUCUCACUCAAUAAGGUU